GAGGGCACCAUGCCGCGCUCCUUCCUGGUGAAGACGCACUCCAGUCACAGGGUCCCCAAUUACGGGCAGCUGGAGACGCAAAGAGACAUCAGUGGUGCCUGUUCUGCCUGCGGGGGGCCGGUGGUGCCCCUCAUCUUCCCAGACAAGGUGGCCCCGUCCUCGCCUGGUGACCCUCCCCAGCCCUGGGACCACGCCUCUGUCAUCGCUCACACCUCCCUGCCCCUGCUGUGCAACGAGGAAGCUCUGGGGGCUUCAGGGCCAGAAGCCCUGGACGUCAGCCGGGCGGACCCCCGGGCCAGCCGGGCCCUCAGCGCACCCCUCAGAGACAGCCUGAACCACCUCAACCUGCCCCCGCUGCCGGCCCUGCCCAUGCGCUGGCCCCCGCUCCUGGGCACAGACGGGGCCCAGACCCCAGGCCGCCUGCUGGGGGCUGAGCGGGCCCUCCAUGGCCACAGGCCCGCCCACGCGCCAGCCGGGCUGGCCAGGCGCCGGCAGCUGCGGUGCCCCUUGCAGGCCCAGCGCUGUUUCACCUGCCAGUUCUGCGACAAGGAGUACGGCAGCCUGGGCGCCCUCAAGAUGCACAUCCGGACACACACGCUGCCCUGCCUCUGCGCCGUCUGCGGCAAGGCCUUCUCCAGGCCCUGGCUGCUGCAAGGCCACCUCCGGACCCACACGGGUGAGAAGCCCUACGCCUGCCCUCACUGCAGCAGGGCCUUCGCCGACCGCUCCAACCUGCGGGCCCACCUGCAGACGCACUCGGAAACCAAGAAGUACCAGUGCAAGCGCUGCGCCAAGACCUUCUCCCGCAUGGCACUCCUGGCGCGGCACGAGGAGUCUGGCGGCUGCCCCGGCCCCUAGAGACGCGAGGGUUUGUGCAGGCAGGGGCAGGGCCUCGCCCCCAGAGCCCACUGCCCCUGGAGAAGCCAAGCGUCCUGGGGGGUCGGGGCCCUCGCGCAGGAGGGGCUCUCUCCCGGGGAGACUUUCACUGAGAUGGGAGCCUCCAUUCUGCUCCUCCCACU